AUGGCUGCUGCUAGGGAAAGGCUGCAGGAAUUGCAAAAGGAAAUCACCUGUGGUGUCUGUCAGAGCUACUUCUCUGAGCCAGUCACCAUUGAGUGUGGGCACAGCUUUUGCCGAGCAUGUCUCUCCUUGAGCUGGAGAGUUGGAGCUACCAACUUCUCUUGUCCCGAAUGCAGGCAAGUGCCCCAGGUCAGAGAAUUGCCAGCAAUGAACAGGCACCUAGCACAUCUGACUGGAGUGGUCAAAGAGCUCAGCUGCCAGCUUUUGCAUAGUGCUGAAGGACAGCACCAGUGUGCCGCUCACAAGAAAGGCCUCAAGCUCUUCUGUGAAGAUGACCGGACAGUCGUCUGUGUGAGAUGUUCGCAAAGCUCAGAGCAUGGGGCUCACAUGCUCUCUCCUGUAGAAGAGGCUGCUCCCAGAUGCAGGGAGAAGCUCCAGAAUAUCAUGAGUCAGUUGGAGAAGCAUUUGGAGGAAGCUGAUACACUUCUUGCUCAGGAGAAGAGAACUGAUGUCGAGUGGCUUUGGAUGAUCUCAGGAGAAUAUGACAAACUGCACCACUUCCUGAUGAUGGAGGAAUUCCAAUGUCUUGAAAGCAUAAGGCAAGAGAAAAAGGCAAGCCAGGACAGAAUCUUCCAGCAGAUGCAAAGGGUUCAGAAACUCAUGCUAAAUCUGCAGCAAGCAGGCCACAAACCCAAUGUGGACCUACUACAGGAUGUCAGGCAGCUGCUGGGAAGGAGUGAGUCAGCAUUGUCCCAGAUGGUCAAGGCUGCCACCCCAGAGAUGAAUGAAUGUCCUAUUCCGGGCCUGAUAGAGAUGCUGAACCGAUUCAGAGUGGACAUCACAAUGGAUCCCACAACAGCCAGUCCUUUUGUGACAGUUUCUGAAGAUCUGAAGAGUGUGAAGGCUGGAGAAGCCUGGCAGGUGGACACUGAGCAUCCUGAAGACUCUUUUUGUCAUUAUGUCUUUGCUGAGCAGGACUUCAGCUCGGGAAGACAGUACUGGGAAGUGGAUGUGAGUCAACUACCUCAGUGGAUACUGGGGAUUAAUGCCUCACACUUGAAGAGAAGGAUAGGCAGGAAUGUGGACUCCAGUGCCUCUGUGUUCCUGCUUCAAUGUGUCAAGAAAAAAGAUGGUUACUAUUUGCAAACUUAUCCAGAAUCAUUGAAUCAUCGAGUGAAAGGCCCUGUGCCAAGGGUCGGGGUGUACCUGGAAUAUGCCCUUGGCACUGUUGUCUUUUACAAUGUUUACCGGUGCUCCCCCAUUUAUAGGUUUUUUCCUAUUUCUUUCACAGAACCCAUAACACCCGUCUUUUCUCCUGGUCCCCCACUCCCAGGAACAAAGACUGGUCCCAUGUCUAUCUGUCCGGUAGACUCUCAUCUUGGUGCUUGCUGCUUUUCAUGUCUCUGA